AUGCACGAUUCUGGGAGGCUCCAUGCCGUAAUCGGACCAAUUCGCAGCAAGCUUUCAGAGCCAUCCGACAUCUUCAUUUUGAUGAGCUACACACUGCGCAACAUGCAGAGGGGCUACAGAGGCAGAGCAACGCGCGGAGGAGGCAGAGGUCCGUGGCGCGGCGGAAAAGCGUCGCAGGACAGACCUUCGAGGCAGACAACCUCGUCUACUCCAUCUCCUCCUCUCGGCGACUUGCUAGAAGCUGUUACACACGAGUCCCUCAAUGAUGGGCCAUAUGGUACAAUCGAGAGACCAGACAUCACGAAUUGUCGUUACGUUGCUUCAUACAAUUGGCUGAAAAGCGAUAAACCCUCGGUGGUCGUUCCAGGAGAAGUGCGAGAAUUGACUUGUUAUGAAGGCGCACCACCGCAAUGGCACCCACUGGAGGAAGCCCAGAAGCUGCAGGAGGACGCAGGAGAGUAUUUUCGCGAUAUCAAUGCCGCGCGGUAUCCAGGACACCCCAUCGAGCCCGCGGUACGAGCUGUCCUCGCUCAAGAACCCACCCUUACAACUGGUGAGGUCGAUAUUUUCGCGUGCGGGAGUACGCUUGGUAAUUUGCUGCGCUUUGCGCGGAAGAGCGACAAGGGUUUCAGGUUCGUGGCAGAAAUGGCUGGCGAGACGGUCUUCUUGAGUCGACGAGAGAAUGCUCCAGAUGAAAAGUUAAUGGAUGUCAGAGGCUACGGACACACUUUCCCAGAGGCGUACACCAAACUUGCUCCAUGCGUGGCCGACUCGGAAUCUCAUCAGAGGCUCAUCGAAUACGACUUGGCCGGAUUCCGUUGCAUAGUCCGGUAUGAAGUGGAUGGCUACUUGCCAUGUCUGGCGAGCGGCAGUAUCAAAACGACAAGCGGCACAAGUCUGCCUGAUCUUGAGGGCUUGAGGAUGGUGGCAGCUGGGCACAUUGUGCCGCAGAAGGCGGUUUUCGACUUGAAGACACGAUCCGCACGAAAGAAAUUGACUUUGAAAGAUGUUCUCGAUGCUGAAGUCGACAGGCUCUGGCUCAGACAGAUUCCUAACUUCGUUCUGGCUUACCACGAAUACGGCGUAUUCCACGACGUGGGAGUCCACGAUAUCCGUGCGGAGGUUGCUAGAUUCCAGGUCGAGCAUACCACUGAAUUGAAGAUUUUCUCAGCUGCGAUUGCAAAGGUCGUUGCCUACGCGAGAGACCAUCCAGAGAAGAGAUUUGAGGUGUUCUCUGACAAACCAGGCGUAUUGGAGCUUCGCCAGGUGGGUGGCGACUUCCCUCGCGCUUUACCAGACGACCUCAAGAGUCUGUGGGCUGGCAAAACAGGCGACACGGCAGAAUUUGACGAUCAAGGAUCUGAGGUGGCGAUUCAUUCGGAUGCUGAAAGCGGAGCAGAGGCGGAAUCUGACGAUGACUCUGAACAGAAUUUCACGGCCUGCUCGGCAAGCUUACUGAUGGGGACAGGACUCGGAACAUAG